UCGUCGGUCGGUAAAGGUGUUAUUGCAGAGUUAACUUGAAAACAAAGUCGUUUCGCCUGGACUAGAAAAGUUCGUAUACUUCGGACGCUAAGCCACGAUUAGAUCAGUGCAAUGCCUGCCUUGAGACGCGACGGUUACCAUCACGAGCUCUGCGUGCACGAAUCCGUGAGUGGCAUUGAAUGAAUCAGACGAAUAAACCAAUAGAAAAGCCAGAAAUUAAUUUCACAAUACAGUCGAAGAAUUAUUAUCAGUGAUCACGUCAAACUCGCGUCGAGUUGUAUCGAAUAAACGAGCAUGUUUCUUUCGAUAAAUAUCGAUCCGUAUAUCGAACUUCGUUGAGGACAAAUUUCACGUGUUUUUCGAUAGACUGUGAAAGUGCCAAACGGAAAAAUUUGAAGAUCGAAUUACCAGUAUAUCGUCCGUUGAGGAAGAAACGAAUCUGCUGUCAUAAGCAGCCUUGAAGGUAGUCACAUGUCCGUUUGAAAAUAAAUCAUUUCGUAUUCGACAUAUUGCAAGCUUCAGGAGGAACUGCUAAAAUCACUUUUGACGAUAUAGAAACGCGCCUUCACGUCAUUUAUAGUAAAUGCAUUCGACGAAAUAUCAUAAAUGAAUGAGCAAAGCUUUCAACGAUAAAUCAGACUUGGUGAUUACUGCACGUACUUGACAGCUGGCAGAUUAACGUGAAACGAGAGAAGCGUAAUAAACUCGUUCGAAAAGCAUCGUUUUGUCAUCGUUCCGGGGGACGUGCAUCGGCCUCUGAGGAAAGUCGCACCGACGGAAGUGGCCGUGAAAACGUGCCAGAUUUUCGGCUAUUCGAGGAGAGACAUCGCGGGAUCGUGGUGACCGCGUACAAUUUUUUCGGCUAGCGAAUGGGAGAAAGGUGGAGAAGUAAAGGGCGGAAAAAUGAUCACCGUGCCGAUAUCCGCUUCCAGUCCUUACGUGAAGGUUACGUCCUACAGCGAUACAAGCGCUAUUGGCAAAAAGCCUGCAGUCCAACAAUUCUUAAGAGACAUGAAGGAACACUCAGUCUCGUCCCGAUUUGAAAGCAGGAAAGUCCCUCAAAGAUCGCAAAGCAGUGCGGCCAGCUUGACAUCCUUAGGUGCUGAUAUAUCUCCCAGUUCUUCUCACUUCUUUGAGGUGCUCUAUGUAGGAAAAAUCAAAGUAUCGCGCCCAAAGAUAUCGGAGACCUUUGUAGACGACGCGCUAAUAAGAUUUCGUGUUCAUGGUCUUGAGAAAUCAAAAUCAACAGCGAAUAACUUUCUCGCCGAGUAUCACCGUCAAUCACUUUUAACGUCUUCCAAUAACAGAAGGAAUAGUACGGAAUCUAGUGCUAGCGAGACUGGAAGCAUUGAAAAUGUAUCUGCAAGCGGAAUCAUAUCACCGGUCAAUCCACUAGGUUUAUCGUCAAUACUUAGCGGAUCUGUGGAAACAUUUCCAAAGGCGCAAAAUGCCAACCCUGCGGAAAAAUAUGAGCGUGAAGAAAACCGGGAUGUUGCAAAUAAUAAUUCCAUGCAAGUACCGGAAAUUAUGCGAAAUAGGGCCUCCUCAACAGGCAGCGUUUUAAAUCCUAGAAGGGAUUCUAUAGUGAAAGCGAAUGAUGAUCACAAUCGCACGAUGCUCUUUCAGGUAGGCCGACAUGAUUUGAGGUUAAUCAGUCUGGAUAGAAAACAGGUACUGCUUCACAAGCAAAUCAGAGAUGUGGCAAGCUGCGUGCAAGGUGUUAAGCAUCCGGAGCACUUUGGAUUAAUUUGCAAAGAGAUUAAUAUGGAUUAUUUCGUCGGCUAUGUAUUCAAGUGCCAAUCGGAAUCUGUCGCGGAUGAUCUUGUCGCUGCAAUUUCACAAGCCUUCGUUGGAACAUAUGAAGUUCCAAAGAAAGAACGAUAUCCCGUAUUUUCAUGCGAACACUGCCCCAUGUAUUGGUAUAACAAGUUAUGCCAGGAAAUUGAAGGACAAAACGACAGGAAGACUCAACAUAUAAUUUUUUCGCGAAUCGAACUGCUGCCAGAAGACGAGCAAGAAAUCGUCGUUAAUAAGUUCAAAGCCAUUGAAGCUAUCGGCUCCGCAGGGACAACUUUACGUGAGCAAAAUCAAUUUUUAAUGAGGGUGUUGAAUGACCAUUGCAACCGAAAACAGGCCAGGCAUGUUCAUGAUACAGCCGAAAAUAGAAGUGAAUUUCUUAAUCAGUACUUAAGCGUUGGUGUCGGAAGCACAAUAUUUAUGAAAGCAAAGCGCUCGUUGACAAAUAGUUUUGACAAUCUCAUGAAAAGAAAGGGUUCGCGGGACGACCUUGGACUUGGUUCACAUUUAAAAGAUACGAGCCAUCUUAACACUGUGAUACAAAAAAGCGGUAGCCAAAGCCCCGAUAAUUCACGACAGUCGUCUAUAGUGGACAUUUCACCUGAUUCUAGACCCAGGUCUUUGAGAGUUUCACCUGAACAACAAUUGACUGUGAACACUGGACCAAAGAGUUCUAUGAUGGACAUAUUUCUGAAGGUAGGAAAUUCACCAAAAAUGUCACCAACUGAGACAGAUGGAAACAAUUCAGUACAUUCAAAUAGCUCAUGGAGACAAGCUAUAUUGAAUCGAGUUGUAACUCCCAAUAAGGAUCAUGAAAAGGAAAGUGAUAAAACGGGUAAUAUUGGUAACAUCAAAACACCGCAGGCGGCACCAAAACGCAGAACGAAACAAGAAUUACGAGAUCUUUGGAAAAAAGCAAUUAAUCAACAAUUGAUACUUAUAAGAAUGGAGAAAGAAAAUGCAAGGCUUAGAGUUCGUCAAGAAGAAGCGACUGUUAAAAGAAUAAAAUUAGAGUAUGAUGAAAUUAGUAGUUGUGCUCGUGAGUUAAUGGAAGUAUGGGAUCUUCUUGUAAGCAAAGAGUCAAGAGUCUCUACGAAAUGUGAUAAUCAAAUGCUUUUACAUGCUAUUAAACAAGGUGUACCAAAAGGAAAAAGAGGAGAAGUAUGGCAAUUUUUAGCUGAACAAUUUUGCUUGAAACAACCACCAAUAGACACACGCGACUUCCCUAAUUACAAUACACCAUACGAUUUAUUAUUAAAACAGCUUACGUCCCAGCAACAUGCAAUUUUAAUAGAUUUAGGACGAACAUUUCCAAAUCAUCCGUAUUUCAGUUCACCUUUGGGGCCUGGUCAAUUAGCUUUGUUUAAUUUGCUGAAAGCUUAUUCACUUUUAGAUCAUGAAGUUGGUUAUUGUCAAGGUCUCAGUUUUGUAGCCGGUGUUCUUCUUUUGCACAUGUCAGAAGAUCAAGCGUUUUUCCUCUUACGGCAUUUAAUGUUCAGACGAGGUUUACGAAAAUUAUAUCUUCCCGACAUGGCAGCAUUACAAUUGUACCUGUAUCAAUUAUCCAGACUAUUACACGAUAGGUUACCAGCAAUUUAUAAUCAUUUUGACAAACAUGAGAUUUCGCCUACAUUAUAUGCUGCCCCAUGGUUAUUAACUUUAUUUGCAAGUCAAUUUCCACUUGGUUUUGUAACUAGAGUUUUUGAUUUACUUUUCUUGGAAAGCACUGAGAUACUUUUCCGAGUAUCAAUGGCAUUAUUAGAAGAACAUCAAGAACAAUUACUAAAGUGUGACAGUUUUGAAGAAAUUAUGGAAUACCUCAAAACGCGUGUACCAGCUGUAGAUAAAGAAAUUCUAGAUCGAAUAAUGAAACGCAUGUUUUAUCCAGACCAAGAAAUUACAAAGCAAUUGAAUGAGUAUAGAGUAGAGUACCAGGUAUUGCAAGAAGAAAUGAUGUCAGUAAAACCACAAAUCGAAAGUCUGGAAAAAUUCAAACUACAUAACAAGCAACUCACACAAGAAGUCUCGCAGCUCACUGAACAACUUGAAAUUACCAUGAGUAAUUUACACCGUUUGGAGACAGCUCGAUCUGUGCAACAAUCGACUUUGCUUAAACUUGAGUCUCAAAAUCGAAGUCUAGAAGUAACUGUCGCCACAUUGGGUGCGUUUAUUCAACAACUAUCCGAAUCUCGCCCAGACAUUGAAUUUCCUGGAGAUAUCCGUCGAAUAAUUGCUCAGUUAAGUCUAGCUGAGAAACGAAAAAGUACAAUUGGUAGAUCAUACCCUCUGAAAGUGAUUGAAAAUAAUAACAAAAUAGCAAUGAUUAAGAGUAAUUCCACUGGUAGAGAAUCUCAUAAUUUCUUAAAAAAUAACAAUGUAGUAGAUACUCCCUAUCCUUUGAAGUCUACAUUAAGUCAACCAAACUUGGCUACCAAACUCGAGAGAGUUUCGUCAUUCUUCUCAAAUUCGCACAAUCACAUUCAGAAACAACGAGCGCAACUAACUGCUCUUAGGAAUGAAUACGCAAACGAUCAAAGUGUCAAAAAUGACGAAAAUGAUCCAAAAACGGUCAAUAUAGACAUUCAAAUCACCGAUACAGUGAACCCAACUGAAGAACAAAUAGUACAAAACGACAAAAAUCUGAAAAUUGAAGAAACCAAUUUAGAGAAGUCAGUUUCAUUGCCACUAAAUUCGAAGAUGAAGCUGAAAUCGUCGAAGUCAGCAUACGAGUUAGGAUCUGUUACAAAAGUACCGAUUACUAAAUUAGAAGUUACAAGCGAUGACAAUGUAACGAAUUUAACUGGAAUAAUGCAUCCUCUGGAUACUUGCAGUGACGUAAAUUUUAGAUAUGGUGGAACGACGAAAUUGAAAUCUAUCAAACCAAUUAGGUUAUCAAGCCCAAGCGGCCAAGAAGAAAAUGUGAACUCAGAGCCAGAACAUGUGGCUGUUGAAUAAGCUAACAAAUGCUGAUGAUGUUGCACUCAAGGAAGAUACUUUGAAAGGUAUCUAAUUUGAAGAAAGUCUACCCGAAAAGUUGUUAAUGAAACUGUAUUAUAGUCCACAUUUUAGCUCCACAUUUCGUAAUGCGUUGUUCUCUCUUAUACACAACUACUUUUUGAUACGACAAUGAUCGAUUUUCAUUUUUUAACAAACGCCCUAUUGUCUAUAAAAGCGGAUUGUCGAUCAAAACACUCGCACUUCCUUUUUAUGAUACUUAUACCAAUGAUUUUAAUACCAUACA